AUGACCGUGAUUUGCGAUCGAAUAUCUAUUUGUGGUACUACCCCUUUCUGGAUUCAAAACCACGCCCGGGCAGAUUUCUUCGCUCUUCCAUCCCUCUUCCUCCUCACUCCCCCUAUACCUUAUACAUCCCUUGACGGGUUCGCAACUUUAUUGCACAUCCUAGCCAUCCACUCUCUCUUUGUCUGGCCAAUGGCGGAGCAGCAACACUCUCAGCGUCGGCACCCAGCUUCACUCUUACCUCUUGGGGAGCAUAAUCCGCAUCUUUUGGCACUCGUUCAGAGACGCGUCUCUAUGGAUAUGAUUGAAUAUGUUGCCCGCCAAGCGUCAAAAGUUAUCCGAAUCGACGGCGAGUCUGAACCUGAGGAUUCCAAUGUGCCGAUGGAUUCUCAGCCUUUGCCCACUCCUCCCCAGACUCCUGUUAAGGUGAAGCCUUCAGUGCAAGUACCCUUGAAAGACAUUCCAGGAGAAAAACCGCAGCCGGACCCUGUCCCUUUGCUCUCUCUGGAAAGCUUUAUCUUGCACCUCGUACGGUGCUCGAAUGUCCAAGUGGCAACGUUACUGACCACUUUGGUCUACCUUGAGCGAUUGCGUACCAAGUUGCCUACUAUGGCCAAAGGCUAG